AUGACGAGCGGUGUUGGCACGAAUAUUCACCAGUUCUGGUCAUGGUCCAUGAUUCUGCUCUCGUACUUGAUCUCCACAACAGGGAGCUACUGCACAAUUCAGCUUAUGGAGAACUGGCGUCGUGUAGACGAUGUUGUGCACAAGCGGAUUAUGCUGGCGCUCUCUGCUCUUUCCCUGGGUGGGUGUGGGAUUUGGUGCACGCACUUCACGGGCAUGACAGCGAUCAAGCUAGAAUUUGAGGACGGAACAGCUCUCGAAAUGGACUUCGAAUUGGGUCUUACGAUCUUGUCCUUCAUUUUCGCGGUGCUUGGUGUCCUCAUCGGUCUAAAAAUUGCGUCUAUGGAUCCGUACUUCCUUGAAAUGGAAGCAGCCAGACGCAAGGAGAUGCUGGCUGCCAAUCUGAAAAACAUGAAAAUGUCUGCCGUUGUGAACCGAAGUGCAGUCACCCGCCGCAUCAAAAUUAUUGCUCUUUUUUCGCGACUUUGGCUUAUUAUGCUUGGAGGAGCAUUCGCAGCUCUUGGAGUUCUAGGAAUGCACUACUUGGGUAUGAGGGCACAGCGUACGAACGCCAUAAUGGAACUGAACGCGGGAAUUGUAGUGCUGUCGGUUUUCAUCGCUUUCUUCACGGCCAACGCUGCAUUUUGGAUCAUUUUCAGAGCUCUGACUUUUAUGCCAGAUAGCGAGCUGCUACGACUUGGAAGUGCGUUGAUCAUGGGCGUCGCAGUUUGUGCAACUCACUAUUGUGGUAUGGGAGCAGCGUCAUACACGCUCAGUGAGGAAAACUUUUCGGAUACGACUCGAUUUAUCAUUAAUCGCUCCGAAGCUGCGAUCGUUGCAUCACAUGGAGCACUAUUGACCUGCUACUGGCUAGCUAGCUUUAGUGUGGUACGCAGUGUACGUAUUGCUGAGAUGACUGCGACUGCAACGACCAUACGAGAAGGUGUAUCUCGAACAGACAAGUCAAAGAGUCGAAAGAACAGCAACCAAAGAAUUCAUGUGGCGCGGUAA